AUGAUCGGCCUCACGAAACCGACAUUAGGAGCAGCUUAUAUUGAAGGGAUGGACAUCAGAACUGACAUGGAUCGGAUAUAUACGUGUAUGGGAGUGUGCCCACAACACGACCUACACUGGGACAGUCUAACCGGAAGGGAGCACCUUCUCUUCUAUGGACGACUCAAGAACCUCAAAGGUGAUGCCUUAACACAAGCUGUGGAAGAAUCUCUGAAGGAAGUGAAUCUAUUCAAUGGAGGUGUACCUGACAAGCAAGCGGGGCGAUAUAGUGGAAGUAUGAAGCAGAGGCUCAGCGUCGCAAUCUCACUCAUCGGAGAUCCCAAGGUCGUCUACAUGGAUGAACCGAGCACGGGACUAGAUCCUGCUUCCAGACACAGCUUGUGGAAUGCAGUGAAGCGCACAAAGAAAGAUCACCACACAUUCUAUGGAAGAGGCGAAGGCACUGUGCGACUGUUGAAGGCGCGGUACGGGGGAACUAACAUAUUCACCAUGACGACAUCCUCAGCUCUCGAUGAAAAGGUGGAGAACUUGGUGAUGGGUCUAUCCCCCAAUGCUAAGAUGAUCUACAGCAUGUCGGGGACCCAGAAGUUCAAUAUCCCGAAGAACGAGGUAGAAAUAUCGGAUGCGUUUCAAGCAGUUGAGGAUGCCAAGAGAAGGUACCAGGUUACUGCUUGGGGCUUGACGGAUACGACCAUGGAGGACGUCUUCAUUAAUAGUCACGCAAGGGGCUCAAGCCUUCAACUCUUAGAUAAUGCCAUUGUUGGUCGGACUGUAUGCAGGGAUUUGUCUUAA